UUAUUAAAUAUGUGUGCUGGCAUCAUAUGUUGUCCGAAGGAAGAAGACGAGAAAAGAGAGAAAUGUUUCCAGUCUACACACUCUGAGAUCUCUCCUCGUGAAGGUCCUUUUCAGCUCAUCUGUUGUAUUUCUCUGCUAAAGAAAGAAAUAAAAAAUCAUAAAGAAAACUCACCUGUCCCCCAAAAGCUUCUGCAAUUGUAGGACCAAAAAUCCCACCUUUUUCUCUCAACUUGAUUUGCUUUCAUCAAUGUUGUCGCUAAGAUUCAGUUUCUUUGCAGUUCCAUGGAAAUGUUGAGACCCAAGAAAAGUUUCCCAUGUGUAAAAUGAUAUAUUCUUGAUAGUCUGAGUUUCUUUUUCUUAGAGGGAGAGACACAGAGAGAGAGAUCGACGAGAAAACGCUGGAUUUUGGCGUUUUCUCUACUCGAACGGUGACAAGAAGAAUAUAAACUUUGGCUGGUGUUCUUUUUGUUUUUAUUUUUCGGCAGAGAUUUCAGUUUCUUGAAUCAAGUAUAGGAGACAUUUUAGAUAUAACCCUCGUUUUCCACAUUUGUCAGUUUUCUCUCAGUGCUUUUGUAAUCGCUUGAAUGUGAAGUGCCCAUCUUUCAAAUUUGUCUCCUGUGGAUAUUACAGUUGAAGUGGGAGAGGGGAAAAAAACAUCAUAUUUUAGGCUGUGUAUGAGUUGGCGAUGUAAUUGCACUUUUCAUGGGUUUGGUUUCUUUUUGGCGGUUCGCCUGAGAGAAAUUUUGAGUACUUAAGAUUUGAAGCAAAAGGUUUUGGGGGUGUACGAGUACUGGUAAUAUGGCAGAAAAUACCAAAGAAAUGCGAUCAUUGGCCUUAACUCCAACUUGGUCAGUUGCAACUGUGCUGACAAUCUUUGUGGUUGUUUCCUUGAUUGUGGAGCGCUCAAUUCACCGGCUAAGUAAUUGGCUGAGGAAAACUAAUCGGAAACCUUUGCUUGCGGCCGUGGAGAAAAUGAAAGAAGAGCUGAUGCUGCUUGGAUUCAUAUCGCUCCUUCUAACGGCUACCUCAAGCACAAUAGCCAAUAUUUGCAUUCCAUCAAAGUUCUAUGACAGUACUUUUGCUCCUUGCUCUAGGACUGAGAUUGAUGAAGAAUUGGAAGAAAAUACUUCCCCUGGACGUAAACUACUGAUGCUGUCUUUUUCACCUCUCAGAGUCCAGAGAAUGCUGAACAGCUUGGACAAGAAUACCUGCAAAGAGGGACAUGAGCCAUUUGUAUCAUAUGAAGGUCUUGAACAGUUGCAUCGGUUCAUCUUUGUCAUGGCAGUCACACAUAUCUCUUACAGUUGCUUAACAAUGUUGCUGGCUAUUGUGAAGAUUCAUAGUUGGAGGAUAUGGGAAGAAGAGGCUCACAUGGACCGCCAUGAUACAUUAUCAGAAAUCACGAGAGAGCAGACUAUGCGAAGGCAAACAACCUUUGUCAGAUAUCAUGCUUCAAAUCCUUUGGCCAGGAAUAGUUUUCUAAUAUGGGUGACUUGUUUCUUCCGGCAAUUUGGGCGUUCAGUGGUUCGCACAGACUACCUUACUCUUCGCAAGGGCUUUAUCAUGAAUCACAAUCUCCCCUUGAAAUAUGAUUUUCACAGCUACAUGAUUCGCUCCAUGGAAGAAGAAUUCCAAAGGAUAGUUGGUGUGAGUGGUCCAUUGUGGGGAUUCGUUGUUGCUUUCAUGCUAUUUAAUGUGAAAGGGUCUAAUCUCUAUUUCUGGAUAGCCAUCAUUCCUAUCACUCUUGUCCUUUUGGUGGGUGCAAAACUACAGCAUGUUAUUGCAACCUUGGCAUUGGAGAGUGCUGGCAUAAGUGGAUACUUUGUAGGAGCAAAGCUAAAGCCUCGAGAUGAUCUUUUCUGGUUCAAGAAGCCAGAACUUCUGCUGUCCUUGAUCCAUUUUGUUCUAUUCCAGAAUGCGUUUGAGUUGGCUUCAUUCUUUUGGUUCUGGUGGCAAUUUGGAUACAAUUCCUGCUUUAUUAGGAACCACUUGCUGGUGUAUAUACGACUUAUUUUGGGGUUUGCUGGACAGUUUCUGUGCAGCUACAGCACAUUGCCUCUUUAUGCACUGGUUACUCAGAUGGGAACGAACUAUAAGGCAGCGCUAAUCCCGCAAAGGAUAAGGGAGACGAUCCACGGAUGGGGAAAGGCAGCUAGAAGAAAGAGAAGGCACGGAAUUUUCACAGAUGAUUCUACGAUACACACAGAUACAAGUACAGUAUUGUCUGUUGAGGAAGAUGAUAAUCCUUUUCUGGAUGUUGUUGGUGAGAAUGGUGCUACUACACACUCAGAAGUUGAGUUAGAGCCAGUUUCUACAGUAUCAAACAGUCCUGGCCCAUUUCCUAAUGAAAAUUCAAGUAGAGUUGGGACUCCUCUCCUUCUACCUUCAUCUUCUAUUCCUACAUCAAAGGCCACAGUUGUUUCAAGGGAAAGUGUUGCUAGAUCAUCUUCAAUGCCAGCUAGAAGAGAAUGAAUGCAGCAGCUCAUAGAAAAAUCAAAGUUCAUACUUAAUAGAAUACUUUUUAAGUUGUAUCAUUACAUGCAUAUACAAGUAGGAAAUGAAACUCAUAUUAAAUGAAAUUUUAGCUUUUAUUUUU